CAUUGUUUACCUACCACGUUUUAUUACAGGAAAGAUAGCGCAGAUCGGUACUUUAAAAUAUCUAAUUAUAACUGAUAGCAUCAUGCUGUCUCAGGUACCAUGUGCACUUAUUGAAAGUAAAAUGGCACGAGCUUUUGUUCAGAAAUCUCAGUUUAAAACUUUAUUAUUAAGUUUCUUUAGCAACAACCAUUGUCGCUGUAUUGUAACUGCCCCUACACCAAUUCAGGAAUCCAUAAAGUAUAAAACAUCUUCACACAUCAAAGAGGCAAAUCCCUCUCUCCUAACGGAUUCAUUCGGCAGAAAACAUACCUAUUUAAGGAUAUCACUCACUGAAAAGUGUAAUCUACGAUGUCAAUACUGCAUGCCUGCCGAAGGAGUCAAAUUGACAGAAAAAUCCAGACUUUUAACAUCCGAUGAAAUCAUUAAACUGGCAUCCCUUUUUGUACAGGAAGGUGUGACAAAAAUUCGGUUGACUGGUGGAGAACCAACAGUUUGCAAAGAUAUCAUCCAUAUAGUUGAAUGUUUGCGCAAAUUAAGUGGACUAAAUAACUUAGGUAUGACAACAAAUGGACUUGCCCUCACCAAACUGUUACCUGCUCUUCAGAGAGCAGGCCUUGAUUCUGUCAACAUUAGUUUAGAUACUCUGAAACCUGAAAAAUUUGAGAUCAUGUCUCGAAGAAAAGGGUGGGGAAGAGUAGUAGCAGGAAUUGAUCUCGCUGUACAACUAGGCUUUCAACAACCCAAAGUCAACUGUGUUGUCAUGCGAGGCGUCAACGAUGAUGAAGUCAUGGAUUUUGUCGAGUUCACAAGAGACCGGCCUGUGGAUGUCCGUUUCAUCGAAUACAUGCCUUUCACUGGGAACAAAUGGAAUGAUUCAAAACUAGUUACCUUCAAAGAAAUGUUAACAGCUAUUAAAUCCAAGUAUCCCUCUAUGACACCUCUGGAUAACCAAAAGCAUGAUACAUCAAAGGCUUAUAAAAUUCCUGGCUUCCAAGGUCAGAUUGGGUUCAUUACCUCCAUGUCAAAUCAUUUUUGUGGAACCUGUAACCGCCUACGUUUGAUGGCAGAUGGGAGUCUGAAAGUUUGUCUUUUUGGAAAUUCUGAAAUUUCCUUGAGGGACAUGUUACGCAGUGGAAUGAGUCAAGAUGACAUGUUGGCAAUGAUACAAGUAGCUGUUCGAAGGAAAAAACAGCAACACGCAGAUGGCUCAACAACCUUGUUAAAGCUCUUUGGUCAGGAAUCAUUCCAACUGAGCCCUGAAAAAGCUCCUGUACAAGUAUGCGAAUCUCCGAACAAUUCACACGCACCAUUCCUUGUACCGGAUUCUACAUCUUCAGUUCCUGUUUCACCGCAACUGAACAUGGACAAUCUGUGUUGCUUCUCUAGCCAAAUUAAUUUAGUUAGCUGCGUUAAUUUGGAAUACACUGACAGUCAAAGUAAGUUUAGUUUUCUAAGUCCUCAAUGUACAAUGUAUCCGAGUAGAAAACAGAAUUGGAGCCACUCUGCCGUACGAUAUUUUCACACUUCAAAAAGAAUGGAUGACAGGAACUUGACACACAUAAAGGGGGAUGGAAAAUUCAAAAUGGUGGAUGUUAGCUCCAAAAGUAUCACGAAACGUUGUGCCUCCGCACAGUGUAUUGUUGUUAUCGGAGCACAACUGAUGAGCCUCAUCAGGGAAAACAUGAUCAAAAAAGGCGAUGUUUUAACGGUCGCUCAGUUAGCAGGGAUAAUUGCAGCCAAAAAAGUCCCAGAACUAAUACCUCUGUGUCACAAUAUCUGUUUGUCCAAAGUUGACGUCAAAGCAGAAUUGGAUUUAGCUAGUCACUCUGUAAUACUUACAUCUAAUGUUAGUUGUGAGGGGAAAACAGGGGUUGAAAUAGAAGCCUUGACAGCAGUUACUAUUGCAGGAUUGACAGUGUAUGACAUGUGCAAAGCUGUGAGUAAGUCCAUUGUUCUCAAAGACAUCCGGCUUUUAUCAAAAAGUGGGGGAUCAUCAGGAGAUUUCUCUUCCCGCAGUUGAAACUAUCAGUCAAAAACAGCCUCCUCUCUGUAAAAAAAUUUCUAGUAUUGAUAAAGUGGCUCAGCAGCCAAGAGUCUAGGUAGAGGGAACUAUCUGAUGUUUAAGAGUACCCUCUGUUGGGCUUUAUGUCUCGAUUUGGUUUAAAGUGAAUAUAUCAUUCAGAAGCAACAAAUAAACUUGUCAAAUUCAUUGAAUUUGGCCAUUUUUGAACUGACCAACUGAGAAGAGUAGACCCUUGACGGCAAAAGAGGAAAGGAAGUGUUUUUGUUUUUGCUGUUCCUUUCAAUCUAAAUCAAAGUCAAAGCAUUGCAACUAUCAUAAAAUCAGAUGCGUAUCCGUGAUGGAACUAUAUUUUCCAACAAAAUUGUCAGCAGUUGAAUAAAUUUGAAUGUUGGAUGCGAGAGAGAUCGAAUCAACCUUUUGGAAUUCAAUGAAAAUACUUUCAAACCCCCAAAACCUCAUCUUAGACGGUGUUUAAGAGGGAUUCUCCCAAUUCCUCGAGAUGUUCAAUCCUUUUGGACACCCCCUGUCUUGAUACAGACAAAAAUUUCUCGGCACCAUAUGCGUUCAUCUCUAUACCAAUAAUUUACACAAAAAAGUCAAUAUCACUAACAAAUCAAGUUUUAUCUUUUUUGAACUGACUGAUAUAAUUCAUUGAUGAGGAGUUCCUUGUGUUCCCUCUCUUAUUGAUUUCAUUUUUAUUUAAAUCCACACGGAAAAAGAUGGACUGCUGAUUUAACAAUUCAAUUGUUAAAAAAAGUGAUCGAAUGUUUCAAAUGUACAUUUUACAAAAGUGGAAAGCUAAUCUAACCCCCGGGAUGGUUAUAGUAGCAUUUUUUUUUGUUAAAGUAUCAUUUUUUUGUUGUAAAAUGUACAUUGAAACAUUGCAGUCACUUUUUCUAACGAUUGAAUUGUUAAAUCAGCAAUUUAAUUUUUUUCUGUGCAUUUUUGUUUUGGGAGGUUUAGACCUCAUGUGUAAAAUUCAUAAUGUUAUAUGUAUGUAUUGAGUUGUUCCCUUUUUGUGCAGAAUGAUUAUUUGCUGUUUUCACCACACCCCCCCUUCCCACAAAUGUAUUAAUUAAAGAUCCUAGGUUCAUAAUAGUCUUACAUGUACCGGAGAUGUUUAUGUAAAGACAAAACAAUACGUCAGAGAAUGGUUGGUCUCAUUUCAAUUCUCCUGACCAUGUUCCAUAGAGUUGUUAUGCUCUAUUGGUAAAUGUUGGACAUAUCAAGACUUACUUAUUCCCAACAUUAAAUGGCUGCAACCUGAUCUGAUCAUCAAACAAAAAUUGUAUUUAAACUGGACUUUUGACGGUUACGCCCUUCUUCAAAGAAGCCAUUUCAUUGAUUAGUUAUCAACACCAAGGGUCAGAUGCAUGGGUUUUUUGUCCAUCCCAUUAAUUGUUAAUGUUUUGUUCGAUAAAAGAAUUGUUUUCAUCCAGAAACAUCUCGCGUAUUUUAUAUCAGAGCUCAGCUUUGUCUCGUUAUGUUAAGAUUUUUUUCGAUUUUAUUUAUCUGUUGAAAUGAUAGUUGAGGAAAUAUGAGUUGGGUGCUGAAUUAAUUCAAUUUGUGCAAUUUAUUAUUCCUGAGGUGGCCUUUACUUAUUUUUACCUCUAAGUAUUAUUGUAAUUUUUUUACCUUAUAUUUUGAAUUUUUGUAAAUUCAUACUGAGAUGAGAAGGAUGCAAUUCAAACACCCUUUCUUCAUGAUUAUUGCAAUUGAAUCAAAUAAGCUUUUAGAUCAAACCUAAACCCUCAGUUUAUGUGCAUUAAGUUUUACAUUUUUUAUUUUUGUAUACCUGUUCAAGUUGCUUUUUUAAUUGUUUACAAAAAAAACCCCAUUAAAUUGAGACAUUGUUUGUCUA